AAUUAAUAAAUUAGAUAGCAGCCAUUCAUUAUCAGAGAAGUCUCUGGAAAUCCCUCUGGGUCAAGAAGAUUCACUGGUUACUAAGUGUAUUAAAGUUAAUUUUGACCCUGACAAAAAAGCUGCUGAUAUAAUAAAAAAUUUAAGAAUUUAUGAAUUUACAUAGAAAAUUCUAGAACCAAGAACCACUAGAUGCUAUAAACCACCAGCUAUUCCUAACCUGAAAGAAUUUGAGGCAAUAGUCAGCUGCAUUGGUGAUGAUGGAACUAUAUUUGUAAUAUCUAAAUUAUCAGAAUUUGAGCUAGUAGAAAUGAUGAAUGAAAUUCAAAGUAAUUUAAAAUGCCUUGGUCUUUUGGAGCCUUAUUUCUGGAAAAAGGGAGAAGCCUGUGCAGUAAGAGGAUCUGAUACUAUGUGGUACCGAGGCAGGGUAAUGGGAGUUGUAGGCGGCACUGUUGAGGUACAAUAUUUAGGUCAUGGAUUUAUGGAGAAGAUUCCACAGUGUCAUCUUUACCUUGUCUUGCUAUAUCCUGAUACACCUCAGUUUUGUAUUCUUUGUCAGCUCUGUAACACCAUGCCUGUUGGGAAUGUCUGGCAACCAGAUGCAAUAGAGCUUCUUCAGGAACUACUUUCCAAGAGAGAAAUUCACAUUAUGGAAUUACCCAAAAACCCAUGGGGAAUUAUCUGUUCAUUCUAUUUUGAUGACAUGUCACUUUCUUAUUUUAGGGCACACCAUAAAUAUUGUACUUUUGGACAUUCUGAGGAGAUAUUGAAAGAAAAACCAUCAGAGUGCAAUGAAAAGUAUGAAGGAAAGUGGGAAAUAAAGUUCAAGGAACUGCUUUUGUCUGAAACAGAGACUAUUUUACCACCGUAUUUGUCUUCAUCUCUGCCUCCCCCAGAAGAACUGUUUGCUGUUCAAGUUAGGCACGUUGUCUCACCUAACGAAGUGUACGUAUGCCUUGAUUCUGUAGAAAAUUGUGAUGUGUUUAACCGGCACAGUGACACAGAUGGUAGUGGAGUCAGCUGGGAAUCGGAACCGGAGAGCCUUGAUGAGGUGCUGCGGAGGACUAAUGGUAAUUUGGAGACACUUCCUCCUCUGACAGUGCUUGGAACACAAAUGCCUUGCCUUGCAGACUGUGAUGAUGGUUUAUGGUAUAGAGUGAAGAUUGUUUCCAUUAAAGAAUUUAAUCCUUUAUCUGUCCGGGCACAAUUUGUUGGUUAUGGGUCAACUGAAAAGCUAUUUGUAAACAGACUGCCUCAAAUUCCUCUACAUCUUAUGCACUAUCCAGCCCGAGCCAUAAAGUCUCUCUUGGGAGGGUUUAAACCUCCUUUGAAGGAUUCAGAAAAGACAAGAAUACCAUAUUGUCCCAAAUGGAGCAUGGAAGCAUCGUGGGUUAUGAUAGACUGUCUUCAAGGAAAGUAGCUUUAUGCUCCUUCUGUGUUGCCCUGGCUGAAUUUUCCAAAACAGUGUUGUAUACAGCUGGUAAAAAUGUACAGUCUUGUCCUGGUGCUAGACUUAGGGGAGAGCAUUCAGUCGUUCACCAUUGAGGAUGAUAUUAGCUGUCCCGUUUUCUUUGACACUAUUGAUCUGUUUUAG